CGGUUGGUGCGAUUCUGGAGGAGGUGCUUCUUCUUUCUGCCGUUGGCGUUUUGCAUCUCUGUGUCUGACGAUGUGGACAGUUCAUGGAAGGAGACGCAUAUGGUUGGCACGGAGUGGGACCAAUACGAUUCAGUGUUCCAGUAUGACUGGGACUUCUCGCAUUUGGAAGAAGCUUUCGACGAGGGAGGAGCUCUUCAUGGGCAAAAGGUGUAUCUGUUCGGCUGCACGGAGCCUCAACUCGUGCAUUAUAAGGACAAGUCUCGAGUCAUUCACAUUCCCGCGGUGGUGGCCGUCACUUCUCCGUUCCCGCCGUCGGAUAAAAUCGGCAUAAAGUCCAUUCAGAUGGAGGAGGAGAUGGUCGUGCCCAUGAAGGAAAUGAAGAUGGGAUGGGCGCCGUACGUGCCGGAGGAGGACGAGUUCAAGCCCAUCGAGCGCGUGAAGACGCAAAUCUUUACCCUCAAGUGCACCCAGAGGAGACCUGCUUUGAAACAGCUGAAGAAGGAGCGGAUCAAGAAGUCCGAGUACUGCUUGCCAUACAUUUAUCAGCCGAUGAAAGAGGAGGAGGUGGAAGUUGACACGGUUGUGUCCAUCCUGUUUGAGGUGGAUGGAGGCGCUGUCCCACCUAUAAUCUGCGACUUCGAUUGGGAGUUCGACGAAAUGGACGAGUUCGUGCAGGACAAGAUCGACGAGGGAGCGUUGGACGACAAGUACAGAAAAGAGUUCGCUAAUUUCGUCCCCAAUGAAGUCGACGCGGCCAAGCGAAAGGCGAAAGAAGCCAAGGAGGCAAGGAAGAAGGCCAUUGAAGACAUGACGCCCGAAAUGAGGGAAUCGAGGGAAUCAUUGGAAAAUAUGAGGUUCUACAAGUUUUACCCUAAGCCAUCUGAAGAUACGCCAAAUGUGGAGAAUUUCAAGGCGUCCUACAUCAACAGGUACUAUGGAAAAGCUCACCAAGUGUUCUAAAAAAAAAAAAAAAAAAAAAAAAAAAAAAAAAACAGAAAAUACUUC